AUGACCUCGACCGCAUUGCAGGUUAGAAACGAUCAGAACGGCGCCAUUUCGAAAAGGUCCUACUCGCGGAUCCCUGCCAUAAUCAGUGUUCCGAACCUGAUCCAGGUCCAGCUCGAUUCCUUUGAGCACUUCAAAAACGAAGGGCUUGGGGAGCUCUUCGACGAGAUCUCGCCCAUAGAGGACUUCCCCAGCAGCCGGUUCGAGCUGACCCUGGGAGACCACUACUUCGAGAGCCGAAGCUUCUCGGAGGAGGAGUGCCGAGAGCGCGAGUCCACCUUGCGGCGGCCUAGUACGUGA